AAUGGUUGGGAAACCCACGAGCAGAGACGGAGAGUCCACUUCUAUUAUUCUGCCUUCUACUCCUAUCCUUCCUAUCAAAAAUCUUAAACAAAACCUCCUCCUUCGAAUCCCUUCUCCUAUAUGAUCCCAUCCAUCUCUCUACACAGACAAAACAAAACAAAAAAAAUAUCCAUUCCCGUCCUUCAACUUUUCCUUAUUCUCUUAUUUUCCCCCAAAUCUCUUCGCGCAAGCCAAGAACUCAUCCCAAACCCUAAUCCGAUCGUCUCCCCUUCCCCGAUCCCCUCCGGCGAUAUGAGUAAUCAGAAGAAGAGGAAUUUCCAGAUUGAGGCGUUCAAGCACCGCGUCGUCGUGGAUCCAAAGUACGCCGAUAAAACGUGGCAGAUUCUCGAACGCGCGAUCCAUCAGAUUUACAAUCAAGACGCGAGCGGUCUCAGCUUCGAAGAGCUUUACAGAAACGCGUACAACAUGGUUCUCCACAAGUUCGGUGAGAAGCUCUACACGGGAUUCAUCGCCACCAUGACAGGUCAUCUCAAGGAGAAGGCGAAGAUCAUUGAAUCAGCUCAGGGAGGAGCGUUUUUGGAAGAGCUUAACAAGAAGUGGAAUGAGCAUAACAAGGCUUUGGAGAUGAUAAGGGAUAUUCUCAUGUAUAUGGAUAGGACUUACAUUGAGAGUACUAAGAAGCCUCAUGUUCAUCCCAUGGGGCUUAUUUUGUGGAAGGACAACGUUGUGCAUUCGCCUAAGAUACAUAAGAGGCUUCUCAACACGCUUCUUGAUCUUGUUCAGAAGGAGAGGGUUGGUGAGGUUAUUGACAGGGGGUUGGUGAGGAAUGUGACUAAGAUGUUUAUGGACUUGGGGGAAGGUGUUUAUCAGGAGGAUUUCGAGAAGCCUUUUUUGGAGGCUUCUUCUGAGUUUUACAAGGUUGAGUCGAUGGAGUUUAUUGAGGCUUGUGAUUGUGGGGAUUAUUUGAAGAAGGCUGAGAAGCGUUUGACUGAGGAGAUUGAUAGGGUGGGGCAUUACUUGGAUGGUAAGAGUGAGGAUAAGAUUACUAGUGUGGUUGAGAGGGAGAUGAUUGCUAAUCAUAUGCAGAGGCUGGUUCAUAUGGAGAAUUCUGGUCUUGUUAAUAUGCUGUUGAAUGAUAAGUAUGAGGAUUUGGGUAGGAUGUAUAACUUGUUCCGUAGGGUUACUAAUGGUCUUGCUACCGUGAGAGAUGUUAUGACCUCGCAUCUGAGGGAGAUGGGGAAGCAACUGGUUACUGAUCCGGAGAAGUCGAAGGAUCCGGUUGAGUUUGUGCAGCGUUUAUUGGAUGAGAGGGAUAAGUAUGAUAAGAUCAUCAGCACUGCGUUUGGGAACGAUAAAACGUUUCAGAACGCUUUGAAUUCUUCGUUUGAGUAUUUCAUCAACUUGAAUACUCGUUCUCCUGAGUUCAUCUCCUUGUUCGUUGAUGACAAGCUAAGAAAAGGGCUCAAGGGUAUCGCCGAUGUGGAUGUGGAGGUCAUCCUUGAUAAAGUGAUGAUGCUGUUCCGCUACUUGCAAGAGAAAGAUGUGUUUGAGAAGUACUACAAGCAGCAUGUGGCUAAAAGGCUUCUCUCUGGGAAAACAGUGUCGGAUGAUGCAGAGAGGAGUUUGAUAGUGAAACUGAAAACAGAAUGUGGGUAUCAGUUUACUUCAAAGUUAGAAGGUAUGUUCACUGACAUGAAGACUUCAGAGGACACAAUGCGAGGGUUUUACAGCAGCCACCCUGAGCUUUCAGAAGGACCAACACUCAUCGUUCAAGUUCUCACAACUGGUUCUUGGCCUACACAGCCUGCAGUGCCUUGUAAUCUCCCAGCUGAAGUUUCGGUUCUCUGUGAGAAGUUCCGUUCUUAUUACCUUGGAACCCAUACCGGUAGAAGAUUGUCAUGGCAGACUAACAUGGGCACAGCUGAUAUCAAAGCCGUAUUUGGGAAAGGUCAGAAACAUGAACUAAACGUGUCUACUUUCCAGAUGUGUGUCCUCAUGCUGUUCAACAACUCUGACCGACUCAGCUACAAGGAGAUCGAACAGGCUACUGAGAUCCCAGCACCUGAACUCAAACGUUGCUUGCAGUCCCUCGCGUGUGUUAAAGGCAAAAACGUGAUAAAGAAAGAACCAAUGAGCAAAGACAUAGGAGAGGAUGAUUUGUUUGUGGUGAACGACAAGUUCACGAGCAAGUUCUACAAAGUGAAGAUAGGAACAGUGGUGGCGCAGAAGGAGACAGAACCGGAGAAGCAAGAGACGAGACAGAGAGUGGAGGAAGACAGGAAGCCUCAGAUUGAAGCGGCUAUAGUGAGGAUCAUGAAGUCGAGGAAGAUACUGGACCACAACAACAUAAUAGCAGAAGUGACGAAACAGUUGCAGCCACGGUUCUUGGCUAACCCAACGGAGAUAAAGAAGAGGAUCGAAAGUCUUAUUGAACGUGAUUUCUUGGAAAGGGAUAAUACGGACAGGAAACUUUACCGCUAUUUAGCUUGAUAAGUGUUGUAUACCGCAACAACAACAACGACAAAAAUGCUUCCUCUUUGUUUUAUUUUGCUUUGUUUUUAUUUAAUGUUGGUGUAAAAGGGAACGAACAGUGUGUUGAUGGCGUUAGUCAAAUAUACAUUUGUUGCCUUUUCUUUGUGUUUUAUUUUGGAUAUUGAUUCAUUUACAGACAUGUUUACUAAGCUCUAAAGACAUGUUUAUUAUAAAAAUAGGAUGUUAUAUUGGGCGAACCACGGCUUUAGGGAACCCAUU